GGCACCUCUUCGGGGUCCAGUCCCGAAGGCUCCCGCGGUGCACGGAGGGGCGCGAGUGCUGCCGACCAGCAUUUGCCUCGGAGCCGCGGGAGAGGGUGGCGUCUUGCUCUUCCGCCCCGCAUCCUCCGGAACUCCCUGCACCCCAGGCAGGACGCGGUCUCCGGGCUGGCACGGGGGUAGGGAAAGGACCUCACCGCCUCGGCCGCCCGGGAGAGCAACUGUCCGACUGAGAGGGGCGCAGCGCGCGAGGGGGGCGAGGGGCCGGGGCCUCGGAUGCCUCCGGCGCUCCAUGCUCUGCAAGGGCGCCCUGCCGCAUUCCCGGGCUCGCCGCCGACCUGCACCGCCCUGCGCCACGCCGCCGGCCAGCGUCCAUCGAUCGAUCGCCCCGGUGGGAGCUUACAGGCGGCAGGCGAAGAGGGGCAGGAGGGGGGUGUCGGGCGCGGGGAUCUGCUGAGCUGGCACCGCACCCGGUCCUGGGGGCUGGGGAGGGGAGGGGCGGCCAAGGCGAGCCCCCAGCCAUGGCCCGGCCCGCUAGGUCGACCCCGCUUUAGGGCACCCGGGCAGGAGCAGGGGGAGAUACCACACACAGCCUUGUCGGCAGACACAGGGUUCACCCCCAAACCAACCCUUCCAAAAAAAGAAAAACAGAGUAGCUGCACCCGGGCCCACUGGAGGAGGGGAUCCCAAACCCAGGGAAAGGCGGGGUGAGGGAAGUGGGGGCCCAGCCCAGGCGCCCCGCUCCGGACCUGCUCUCUUCGAAGCCCCUCCCGCUGAGCGUGGGGGACGCGCGCUGACCGCUGGGGGCCGGGCCUCCCCAUCCCGCGCCCCUCGCCUGUUCGCGGUGCCCCAGGCUCUCUCUUGGCCUCCCGCCCCUGCGCCCCGUUUCCACCAUGACGGUGAUGUCGGGGGACAACGUGGACGAAGCCUCAGCCGCUCCGGGCCACCCCCAGGAGGGCAGCUACCCCCGGCAGGCGGACCACGACGACCACGAGUGCUGCGAGCGCGUGGUGAUCAACAUCUCGGGGCUGCGCUUCGAGACGCAGCUCAAGACCCUGGCGCAGUUCCCCAACACGCUGCUGGGCAAUCCCAAGAAGCGCAUGCGCUACUUCGACCCGCUCCGCAACGAGUACUUCUUCGACCGGAACCGGCCCAGCUUCGACGCCAUCCUCUACUACUACCAGUCGGGGGGCCGCCUGCGCCGGCCGGUCAACGUGCCCCUGGACAUGUUCUCCGAGGAGAUCAAAUUCUACGAGUUGGGCGAGGAGGCCAUGGAGAAAUUCCGGGAGGACGAGGGCUUCAUUAAGGAGGAGGAGCGCCCCCUGCCGGAGAAGGAGUACCAGCGCCAGGUGUGGCUGCUCUUCGAGUACCCGGAGAGCUCGGGGCCUGCGCGGGUCAUCGCCAUCGUGUCCGUCAUGGUCAUCCUCAUCUCCAUCGUCAUUUUCUGCCUGGAGACGCUGCCCGAGCUGAAGGACGAGAAGGACUUCUCGGGCACCAUCCACCGCAUCGACAACAGCACGGUCGUCUACAGCUCCAACAUCUUCACCGACCCCUUUUUCAUUGUGGAGACCCUGUGCAUUAUCUGGUUCUCCUUCGAGCUGGUGGUGCGCUUCUUCGCCUGCCCCAGCAAGACGGACUUCUUUAAGAACAUCAUGAACUUCAUCGACAUCGUGGCCAUCAUCCCUUAUUUCAUCACCCUGGGCACGGAGAUAGCGGAGCAGGAGGGGAACCAGAAGGGCGAGCAGGCCACCUCGCUGGCCAUCCUCAGGGUCAUCCGGCUGGUAAGGGUGUUUAGGAUCUUCAAGCUCUCACGCCACUCCAAGGGCCUCCAGAUCCUGGGCCAGACCCUCAAAGCUAGUAUGAGGGAGCUAGGGCUGCUCAUCUUUUUCCUCUUCAUCGGGGUCAUUCUGUUUUCUAGUGCAGUGUACUUUGCCGAGGCGGAAGAAGCUGAGUCUCACUUCUCCAGUAUCCCCGAUGCUUUCUGGUGGGCGGUGGUGUCAAUGACCACUGUAGGAUACGGUGACAUGUACCCUGUGACAAUUGGAGGCAAGAUCGUGGGCUCCUUGUGUGCCAUCGCUGGUGUGCUAACAAUUGCCCUGCCCGUACCUGUCAUUGUGUCCAAUUUCAACUAUUUCUACCACCGAGAAACUGAGGGGGAAGAGCAGGCUCAGCUGCUCCACGUCAGCUCUCCUAACUUAGCCUCUGACAGUGACCUCAGCCGCCGCAGCUCCUCCACUAUGAGCAAGUCUGAGUACAUGGAGAUCGAAGAGGACAUGAAUAAUAGCAUAGCCCAUUACAGACAGGCCAAUAUCAGAACUGGCAACUGUACCACAGCCAAUCAGAACUGUGUUAAUAAGAGCAAGCUACUGACCGAUGUUUAGGAAGUGCAAGUAAGCGAGCAAGAAGCCCCCCUCGAAAGACUUAGACCCCCAGUGACCAGGUCACACUCUGUAGAUACUUUCCUAAGUAGUCCUUGAAUGCUUUACUUAACUGUCAAUGCGUUGUUGCAUUGUGAAUUUUGGGAGUGGCGAACCAGAAACUUUCAGGAUCCACGCACAAAAAAGGGAAACUAUUUUCAUUUUGUUUAAAAAAAAAAAAGGGAAAGGAAAGAGUAUUUCGUAAAAUCAGCUUUAAAAAUGCAAUCCAUGAAACUAGUCCAGGUAAAAUAAGAUUCCUGUUUGCCUCUAUUGAAACAUUCCUAACUUUCUGGCUUCUUUAAAAAAUCUUUUUAAACUAGACCCCGGAUGAUCAGUUAGAAAUACAAAAUUAAAAUUUGCACGGAAUCCCAACUUAAGAUCUUUGCGAACCUCACGGCACGGUAGGGACAGCGCUUCUGAUGUAAUGUACCAGCUGCAGUGGGGAAUGAAUCCAGGGCUUUAUUUUGAUCAGCUGAGCUGCAUAUUGAAAGGUAAACAAAGCCCAAAUCCCUUCAGACUGGUUCACAAAGCACCUGAUCAAUCUGAUACUGGUCCUGAUCUAUGAGGAUUUUCCCUCUGCCCCCUUCUCAGACUUCCAGUCCAGACUCUUUAAGAAAAGGAUAGCCGAGUUAAUGUGAGUGGUUCAUCUGCAGAGCUGCUCAGAUUUCCCAGCUGCAGGGGAACCCAGCACAGGCCUUUCUUCAGCAGCCUUGCACCUGACCCUGCCUCCAGAACUGGAUGUCAAAUCUUAGUCUCCUUAUUGCAAGAGAGCACAAAUGGAGUUACGUGUAAGCAUGCUUGAAUCUGGUAACAUUUAUUUUAUUUAUCGCAUGCUGAGAACGUUAACCCAGACAAUAGGGAGUAAGUUUACUUUGAAAUCAACUCUUCUAAAAAUAGAUCCUUUUUCAUUUGCAUUCACCAAAAGUGCACUCCUUCAUUUAUUAAGUCUUUUAGUAAAUAAAGGACUGUGUUUAAGUGCAUAUGUUAGUCAGAUGGGGACACCAACUUUUUGGAGCUCACAGCAUGUUCUCUUCUUCAGCAUUAUGGCCUAUUUGAUGAAGAUGUACCUUGAAUUAAUUAAUGCAUGAUUUCAGUAAUAAAAACUUUAAAAAUAAUAAAAAUUUACAAGUCCAUGGGAUGAAAGGCCCCAAAGAAAUAAUGGGUGGGGGUGGGGGACUCAGCCAACUUUGCCGGGGUCGGUCAGGCAAUGGCAGGUUUCUGUGCAGGUCGGGCAGAGGGGACCAACGUGCCCAUCCCUUAGACAGGAACCAUGUGGAAACUCAGUACAUCAUCAAGGUAUAUAUAGCAACACCUAAGAACAAGUAAUCUUUCUAGUUGAAGAUAAACCAAGCAAAACAAACACAAAAAAGGUGCAAUAUUGCAUGUUUUUGGUGCAUUCUUAGGAUGUAUGUGAUAAUGUUUAUCUCUUGUAUGCAUCCAAAGCAGAGCUGAGUUCUUUUUGCAGUCAUGAUUUGAAGUCUGUUAAGACUUCAACCCUCCCCUUGAGGCUCCCUGAAGAAACUCACCCAGUUGAUUUAAUAGUUGUUUAGUGCCUUUAUCCUGUACCCACAGCGAACUGCAGAAAGUGCCUCCGUAACACAGCUGAGAAGUUACGUAACAAGAGCGAGGAAGGGUUUGGGCACAGACACUUUGCUUUUCAUUUUUUUUAUUUUGUUGCACUUUUCCAUCCUCACGCUCACCUCACCACUGUGAGAAGCCUACUCCACCCUGGGUCCCGGAGAGCACAGAUCUGGGAGGCCGCUGGUGCUGGCCACCUGCCGGCCGCGGUCUCUUGGGCAGCCUGACUCUGGACGUGACCUGAGACCGUCUUUGAGCUGGAUAUGGCCCAUGAACUUGUUUUGCUCCUCUUUUCCACCAGAAGCCAAGGCAAGCUUUCUGGGGCCACUCUGGACACGCAAAGCUUCGUCGGCUCCAGCGUGCAGUCCUGGUACAUUUCCUUUUGUUUCUGUUUGCUAAAGUACUUCGCAAAUCUCUGAUAGUCUGAUCUUCUCGGGCAUCGUAGGAGAUAGGAGAUUUGGGGACACAGUGUGUAACGCCCUGGGCCUGCCCUCCUGGCCCCGCCCUUAGGUUCCCUACGGUGCACCUGUGACCACCCCACCCGGCAGUCAGGUCCCAGGCUGAGCCUCUAACUGCUGCUGCUGCCCCAGGUGCCCGAAGAGAAUGAUGAGGACCCUGCCCCGUGGAGAGAGCCACACGCCCAGGCCUCUGCAGCCAGCAGCUGUGCAGCAGUGGGGAGAGUGGCUCUCACAGCCUUUGUAGGACACCGAAGUGGGGAAUCUUCAUUCUGCACUUAGCAUGCAGUUGCCCACUGCUGACCACCUUACACUCCUACCGCUUCUUCUGGAAUCUUCCUGUGACUUCAUCUCUUCCCGCCACCCUGUCCUCGAACUAACAGGCAGGCAGUCAGCCGGAGGACCACCAAGUCAGGCUGGCUGGCUAGAUUACAGGAGAACGUGGAUGCUUCUUUCCCUGUGCAGCUGUUGUGAAUCUGAAAGGUGAACACGGCACACUUCCCAGAAGGUGAGUGCAGCGACUAUGCAGCCUGACUCCAGGGCAUUAACUCCUCCUGUUCGACUGACGUCCUGCCGCUCUCCUCCUGGCCAUCCGUCUCCCUGGCUUCACAGCUCCCCCAGACUGGGAGGAAAUGCCAGGCCCUCCCCCAAAGUUCCAGGGAUACAGGGAUAUCUCCAUCUUCUCUUUUGACUUUGAGGUCUAGGACACACCCGAACUUAAAACGAUGCACUCUGUCAACAGCAAUAAUCCUCUCAGUACUGUGGGAUGGAUGGGUCAGAGUGGGCAGGCCGACUCGCUGUGCAGUGCACUCCUCAGGCUCACUGGACUAGCUGAGGCUCCACAUGCAUGACAGGAAUAAGCACUGCAUGUAGUGGAGCUGUCUGCCUGGGGCUGAAGAUGAGCUGUUGUUAUGGAAUUGGGGUGGUAUGGGGGGAGGAAUGCUGUUUAUCCAUCUGUAGCUCAUUGCAAUGAAUGUGGUGAGUGGAGUACAGGGAUUAUCCGUGUAGCAUAGGCAUGCACCCUCUGACCAAGCUCCUGUCCCUUGCACUGACUGUAACGUGCUGAAAUGUCUUUGUAGGCCUGAAGGUGCACUUAACAAAACUACCUACUAAGGAACGACUAUCGUUUGGUUUACUUAUCUCUUUAUUGUAUCAGGCUUUUUGCCGUUCCAUCCCCUUAGGUAGCGAGCUUUGAUGGCUCAUUCUCUGAUUAUUAAUUUUCUUCAGAAGAAGACUUCUGAUGUGGUGAUAGCCAUAGCUCAGCCCUUGCAGCGGGGCCCUAGUUCAAUAGGGUGGCACUGGAGGGCUGGCCACCCCAGGGCUGUUAGUCAUCCCAGAAUCUCUGACGUGAUUAACUCACCUCAAGUGAUCUGAACCAGAGAGACCAAAGACAUUACUCUUCUCUGUCCUCAGACUCUAGGUCACAGAUCCUAGCCAGGAGAGGGUUUUCUGUUUGAACCCUUCCCCUCCCAUCUGUGCACACCUCCCUCCUCUGAGACCUGGUUAUCAGUUAAGUUCAUCUGCUGGGUGUGUGUUAGUGGUCAGCCCAGCACAAUCUGGUCAGUGAACAGCAAGCUUUUCUCCCGCAUGCUGGCCAGUGGGCAGUCAUUUCUCUAACAAACUUGUACGGUGCUUUUAGAUUUCACAAUAGAGAAGCUGAAGCACAAGGACACCGUAAUCUCGAUUCACUUGAGAAUAGACCCCAAAAUACAGGUAAAUGGUACAUGAGGAAUAUAUUUCCCAAGUGGAACUGUGGUUUAGUCCAUAAAGGGCCUUCUUCAUGUUGCACAUAGUUACACAUUUUUAAAAUUAGUUAAUAUCAGAAAGAAUCAGUAAAAAAUAGUUCCCAACCCUCCCAUUUAAUAUAGGAGACCUCAAAACCCAUGCUUUUUAACAACCUUACAUUUUAAUUCCUUGUUUGGCAGAUUGGAUUGAGCAGAAAGGAGAAAGAGAACAUUAGCAGAAGGCAGUUCCCCAUUUUCUUCCAGGAGCGACUUCUUCCUGGGAGUGGUGAAAAUUGGUGGGUGGCAGCCAUCCAUAGAGUGAAAUUGUUAGAAAGACUGUAAACUGCCAAACAGCCACUUUAUCUUCCAGUUUUUUUUUUGAGCAAGAGUGAAGUCUUUUGUUGUUUAUGUUCAUGUUAAGAAAACAAAUUUUUAAGACCAGACCAAAAAAAACCCCAGGUUGAAUUGUGAUCUCAGGAAGUAGCCUCUUGUCUACCAUGUGGUAUAUUAGCACUUGUAUUUAUAUCGGGGAAUUUCAGGGUAUAUGUGAACAUGUCUGGCAUGACUCAGGUAAAUCUUAAAAGAAUGUACAUUACUUACCACUUUCGUGACGGAGUGAUCAGGAACUGAGUAGUUAACCAAAAUGGUUGCACUGCAUUACCUCGGAUCACUGUGCAGACUUAAUCAGGGUGUGGACCUAAGGUGAGAAGCCAGCAGAUCAGAUGCUAGUCUCUCUGCUCAGGUGAGAUGAGCGGGGGCUCUCUGGGGAAACCCCGUGUGUACGUCAAGGGUGAGGCCCUACUGACCUCAGGGCUGUGCGCUCUAGGAGAGUAACCCAAGUUACGGUGAUUUUCAUUUACGCCGUGAAACUUCCAAGAGUCUCGAAAAAUUUUGUCCCACAAUCAGAGAAGAACGAGGAAUGGUGUAAGGAAACAAAACAAAACAAAACAAAAACCCUUGCAGAAUAUUCCAGGUCAAAAGUUGUCUCCUCCACAACUUCCAGCCCCUUCCUCUUCCCCAGUGCGCUGUUUGGGGACCAUGUGUGCAGUGGCUGUCAGUAGACUGCGUGGGUUUUUAUGACACACCUCUAGUAUUAAUGAUAACGUUACAGAGGUUGGGAACGAAAGCUGAGUAGUGUUAACUUGAAGUGCACCAUCAGGACAACAAACCAUUUAAGCUGAAAAGGCUUUCUUUUACUUCUUGAGUUCGCCAGUUGCCUCCCGCUUGAGUUAAGGAUGUGUCUCAUUUUCCCCUCCUUGCAGUCCCCCUGCCCUAACUGUUCACCACGUCAGGUAGAGGACAUUGAAUGUUACGAAUUGAGAACCUAAUCGAUGAGCAUAGUUUUCAUCUAUGCAAUUUUACUUGCUUCUGUCACUUUAUGAUCUGUUCAUAUUUGGCAUCGAUUAAAGAUAAUUUUUAAGGAUCUUA